AUGAAUUCGGCCAAUGCCCAGCCACAAGAUGAUAUCACGGAGAAUAUCAAUGAAGAGUCUCACGGGGAGCGCCGCAAACUUUCAGUCCCCAGAAAAUCGAAACCUAGACAACAUCGCAAAGGGGAGAACAACUGUCAGUGGACAGAAGUUGUCCAAAAUUUGAAUUCUCCGCGUCAGGAUCUACAAUUUAUCCCGGAGUCCGGUACGCGUCGUCCAGAAGGUUCAAUCCGUAACCUUAUACGGUCCCACGCGCGACGAAAGCAAGUAAGAACAGAAGCUUCUCGUCCUGUCAAACAGAAACAGCAAAAUGAGCCGGGAGAGGUUUCAUAUGAGACUGAACCACCCACAACGAGAAUUCUCAAAAUCUUAGAGAGUAUUCAAAGGCUCCCAUUAGGUUCUGAGCCAUUUGACCCUUUCAAUACAACAGCUGCUCGACUGAAAAAUCAAACACAUGCACUUGUCUUCUACUACGAUCAAGUAUUUCGUCACACCUAUACAGCAUUGCAGCCGAGAGACCAAUGGCUUCCAACUGCAUUUCAGGAUCCAGUUCUUAUGCAGGCUACACUUUUCAUUGCAGCUAUGAGCCGGUCGGUCAUUCGCGGAGAGCUGUUCAUCUCUGAUAAAAUCACUUUCUAUUAUAAGACUCAAACCAUAGCUUUGUUAAAUCAGCGUCUUUCCGAGUCUAGUGGACCUGUGUCUGAUGCUACACUCAUGGCUGUGGGAUGUCUAAUCUCACUUGAGAGUUUGAGUGCGACACCUGCAGCAGCCAGAAUGCAUCUCGUAGGACUUGAGGCUAUGAUCGAUACCCGAGGGGGCAUCCAAAACCUGACUGGCUUUCCUCGAAUUCUCUCUAUCUGGAUUGACAACAUAACUUCCAUAGUAUUGAACGAAAUGCCUCGUUUUGAUUUUGACAUCUGGAGUGCCAUUCCUCCAGUCAUUCAGCGCCCGGAACACAACUCAACAGCCAUCCGUUACAAGAACAAGCUGAAAAACUUGACAAAUUUAACGGUACUUUCAGAGGAGAUGAUUGAUACUUAUUGGACUAUUCGGACCGUUUCCCUGAUCAAGGAAGCUGUCACGGUGGGCAAUCUAGACCGACAGAUUCACGAAUCUUACAGUGAUGUUUUGAAUUAUCUCGAACGAAAGACUUUGCUCAUCACCCUUUCGGAGAACUAUUCUGAGAAGGAUUUCUCUACAGCGAUAUUGUACCUCUUUUCAAAUGCGCUGACCUUGCAUAUCAUCAUGUUUCUCCGAGAUCAAACAUGCGGUGUACCCAUUCUUCUCCUAGUCUGUACACGAAUUCGCAAUUGCCUAGAAAGACUCGACAUCCGAACUCUUGAAUUCCAAUAUCCAGAGAUGAUGCUCUGGAUUCUGAUGAUUGGUGGGCUUGCCACGUCCAAGACUGCCGAUCGGCAAUGGUUUGCCAAACAUCUGGCUGAUGCAUGCGACGCAUCCGGGCUCAAAGGCGGAGACGAGCUUGCUGUUGCGUUGAGAGACUUGCUUUGGCUUGAGCUGUACCGAACACCUGUGUUUUCCAGCUUUUGGCACGAGGUGGCGAGAGCGCAGGGGGUGGAGAGCGGCUACAAGACUACGAAGUUGAGGGAUAGUAUUGAGAUGUGUUUGUUUAAUUAUCAGGACAGCGAUAAGUUUGAAAAUUUGGAGCCAAGUACGGAUGUAACGCUCAGCUCAAGUCCUAACCAUAGCAAUGAACCUCAUGGGUCAUGUGCUCCGACAUGA